CCCCCUUUGCAACUCCGGCGUCUCGGUCUCUAGAGGACAUUCCAUAGUAGCAGGAUGAGAGAGGUGGGAGCAACUCCGCUGUCAUGACAACAAUCCGAUUACACUGAGAACCAAUAUCUGUGCAGGCUAUUUAUGUACGUACCAGCAGUGAUUAGAGGCAAGACGCACAAGAUUCUAACAUACACUUAGCGAAAGCAAGGGGUAUUGUUAUUUUUGUAAUAUAUUAGUUGUAUAUAAACAACCGAAGAGAAGCUAUACUACUUGGAGAGGAAAGUUGCAACUUUUAUUGGAAGAACUGGCCUAGCUAUAUUCCAUUAGGCAAUCCAUGUCGGAAUGUAUGGAUAAAUUCUCUCCCGGGACAUUUCUCCAGUGGAGGACACUAAAACGCACGCAAAGGUUGUAGUAUUUUGAGAUUAUGCAUUUUAGUUCAUGCAAAGGAGACGUAUAAUACAAUAAUUUUGCUAGUUUAUGUUUUCUUUUAAAAUGUUUUAAUCAUCAUCAUUAUGUUAAAUGCACCCAUAUAGUUAUAUUUGUGCAGAUUUUUGUGUGCGCCCGUAAACGAGGGCUAAAUAUGAAGGACCAGAAAAGGCACAUGUCAUACUGUUUGGUUUCCUUGAAGAAAGUUCUCAAACAUUUAUUUACUUUUUAGUAUCUGUUUUUUAUUAGAAGACAGACUGUGGCUGAUAAAAUCUGUCAUCAGGUGCUGAUGAAGGUAACCCACAUUACAUUCUGUUAAGAUGGAAAGUGAUACUACUAGUCCUAGUAGAAGUCUGGAUGCACAGGCAGAUGUGGGGGAAAGCCCUGGCCACAAUGGAGAUUCCAUUCAGGAGAGAAGCACCAGAGGCAGUACCAAAAGCAACUUCCAUGCCUUUGCCAAAUGGCGUUCAUCCUCCCAGUCUUCCCAAAAGGGAGAUCCAGGGAGCGAUGUCAGUAAGAGACAGUCUAUUUUCAGGUCCCAAUACAAAGACCAUCACAGCAUCAAUGCAGAGACGAAGGGCCAGCUGUUGACUGAAAUGAACACCACUACCAACACAGCUUCCAAAAUUGCCACUACUACCUUUUCCAAAGGAGAGGAAAUUGUAACUUCUUCUCAGAACUCAGAGAUGGAGGAAAACGGCCGUGUGGAUGCGUCCAACUUCUUCCAUAAACAAAUUGGGACACUGUUGCAGCCAGGGGUCAACAAGUUCUCCCUGCGUAUGUUUGGCAGUCACAAGGGCGUGGCAGCAGAGCAAGCCAGAGUGAUGUCCUUUGGAGUGUGGAUUAUCCACCCCUACAGUGACUUCAGGUUCUAUUGGGAUAUUGUGAUGCUACUCCUGAUGAUGUGCAACUUGGUCAUCCUACCUUGGGGGAUCACCUUCUUUGAAGACCAAAAGACUCUGCCCUGGAUCUCCUUCAAUGUCAUUUCUGACACCUGCUUCCUGGUUGACCUGGUCCUCAACUUCCGUACGGGUGUAAUAGACGGCGAUGACCACAUCGUCCUAGACCCCAAGGUGAUCCGUAUUCGCUACCUGAAGACAUGGUUCUUCGUAGAUUUCAUCUCCUCCAUCCCCAUGGACUACAUUUUCCUCAUAGUCGACCUUGAGGCACAGAUGGACGCUUCGGAUGUUUACCGGACCGCCCGAGCCCUCCGUAUCGUCCGCUUCACCAAGAUUCUCAGCCUCCUGCGGUUACUGCGUCUGUCUCGCUUCAUUCGUUACAUCCACCAAUGGGAAGAGAUUUUUCACAUGACCUAUGACCUGGCCAGCGCAGUUGUACGUAUAGUGAACCUAAUAGGCAUGAUGUUGCUGUUGUGCCACUGGGACGGCUGCAUGCAGUUCAUGGUGCCCAUGCUGCAGGACUUCCCACCGGAGUGCUGGGUCACAAAGAACCACAUGGUGAAUGCGACGUGGCAUAUACAGUACUCAUAUUCCCUUUUCAUGGCAAUGAGUCACAUGUUGUGUAUCGGAUAUGGUGCCCAGGCUCCUGAGGGCAUGACAGACGUGUGGCUGACCAUCUUGAGUAUGGUCGUGGGUGCCACUUGCUAUGCCAUGUUUCUGGGUCAUGCUGCCAACCUGGUUCAAUCUAUAGACUCCUCCCGAAGACAGUAUCAGGAUAAGUAUAAGCAGGUGGAGCAAUACAUGUCGUUUCAUAAGCUGCCGGCGGAUGUGAGGCAGAGGAUUCAUGAGUACUAUGAGAUUCGCUUCCAAGGAAAAAUGUUUGAUGAAGACAGCAUUCUUGGAGAACUCAGCGAUCCGCUCAAGGAGGAAAUAGUCAGCUACAACUGUCGUGGGCUGGUAGCCAACAUGCCACUGUUUGCUAAUACAGACCCUCAUUUCGUAACGGUGAUUUUGACCAAGCUACGCUUUGAGGUCUUUCAGCCUAAUGACUUCAUUAUAAGGGAGGGCACACUUGGGCGGAAGAUGUACUUUGUUCAACACGGCUGUGUCACUGUACUCCCCCGUGGAAAAAAGGACAUACAGCUUAGCGAUGGAGCCUACUUUGGGGAGAUCUGCCUGCUGACCCGAGGACGUCGGACAGCAAGCGUGAGGGCUGAUACGUACUGCCGCCUCUACUCACUGAGUGUGGACAGCUUCAACGAGGUCCUAGAAGAGCACCCUCUAAUGAGGAGGGCAUUUGAGAGCGUGGCUGUGGACCGCAUGGACCAAGUCAGUUUCUGAGAACACCUCAUGAGUCCCUCCACAGACUGUUUGACGAACACUCAUGACCACAUAGAGGAAAGCUGACACAGGCAAUGCAUUGGGCACAUACAUGACAAGAUGGGUAACAUUAAACUAAUAAUGAUCAGAAAGUGUAGUGACAAUGGACACCUGAUUUACAUCUAGAAGAUUUAUUUGAACUAAGAGAACUAUUAAAACAGACUGAAAACUCAAUCAAGACAUCAUGCACAUUUAGGUAAUUUUGCAGACAUUCAUGUUAACAGGGGGGUUAGAACCAGACGUCUUCCCAUACAAAUAAACCAGCAUAAAUCCAAUUGUCAGCAAGGAAUAAUGAUGGGGUCUCUCCAAAUGCACGAGUCAGAAAGUAUUUUGUUGAAUAGACAAAGACAAUAAAUAGUGUCAAGGAACUGAAUAGUCCACAUGUACUGAUCCAUGUUAAUUCAUCUCAGUGCCAGAGCAGGUUUGCAUUGAUGCGGUAAAGAGGUCAAUGUAACGCAAACCAGGGGAUAGGACUCACUGGCACUCAAUGGAACGCACAGUCAACAGUAAACUCUGUUCUAACUUGGUGGAUAUUUGUUAAAUCUGUUAUGAUUUAUUUAUUACAAAAAUUUAGUUAUGUCAAAUUUUCAUAGAUGUAUUUGUUUAAGCUGCAUAACAUUUAGAGAUGGUCCAUUGUAGGUUAACUGGGUAAAUCUACCUUUCAUUCUGGUAUCAUACAGUGGCAAGCAUACAGAAAUUGAUAGGUGUAGUUAAAGUUGUUUAUAGCUGUAAUGCAGUGGAUUGGUGAUGAUGACUAACAUAUUGUGGGGUUGACAUCAAUACAAGUGUCAUAAUCAGAUUUUAACAACAACCUAGCGUAAAAUACAUUUACAAAUAUUAGCCAAAAUGUAGUAGACAGUGAGGAGAUCCACAAUCUUUUUUCCUUGCGUUUUCAUGCGAUUCCAUUGUACCGGAAGUAAAGUUCCAUUAAUCUCUUCCCAUAUACCCAUCUGCGCCUCCACCUUUUGCAGAAGUGUCCCAAUGUUGAAGUGAACAUGAUUGAAGGUGUAGAGAAUAAGUCUGCAAUGAUGCAGCCUCCAUGAGCAAGGUAAAACCCAGUUAGGCACCGCUUAAUUUCAGCGUUUUGAGUUUGAAAAUAAUAGACAUGUAUGCCUAAUUACAUGACAAAUGCAUUUCUUAAGUCAUAUUUUAAGAUUUAAAAUCUUUGUUUGAGAGGAUCAAAACUGCAAUAUAUCAUGGGUUAAUCAUGAAGAUAUGCAGAUAAUUAUGAGUUACUGUUUUUGAUGUAAGGUGAUUUAUAGAUCAGUCAGUCAGCAGUGGCAUGCAGCCGUUUGGAUCCUCUUGAACACCGCCAUUAUGUUGACACUUGCAAUAUUGUUGUUUAAACACCUGACCUUUUAUAACACCUUCAGUUAUGCUAUUACUAAUAUAAUACAUUCUUAUUCUGUUACCCAAAAUGUAAUUCUAUGUUAACUAUUUAUCUUUUAUGUCAGUAGCCCUCAAACUGAGGUCUACAGACUCCUGUGGGUCUGCUGAGGUACAUGCAGGGGUCUGCAAUCAGCUCAACAAUAAAAUUUUAUAUGCAAUAUUAA